CGUACUGAAAUGGCACAGUGUUUAUACUUUGAUACAGCAUUAGUUGACUUAACAGUAAUUGGAUUGGAUGACAAGAAUGAGGAUAUAGAUGAUCGAUUUACAGAAGAUAUUUAUGAUUAUUCUAUGUCGACAUUACUUUCAAGUAAUGUUGGUGUCACGAAUUUCUGGAUAUCAUAUUGGAAUAGUGGUGUCGCAUUGUCUAAAGACAGUAAUGACAGCGAAAAAAGUGAAAAGGAAAAUAAUUCUACAAUCAAAAAUCCAGCGAAUACCAAGCAUAGGGGCAGGCCUGCAACUAAAAGAUUCAAGGCUGCUACAGAAAAGCCUCGUCAUCAGCUAUAUACAUGUUGA